AUGGGAUCCAUCUCGGGCUUCAGAGGAGGGAAAGACUUGUCGUAUUCCCAUCGCGGCAUUAUUGAUCAGCUUCUGAUGGCCACUUCAGAAGAAUCCUCUCCCGCCACGCCUUCAUCGAGCGAAGCCUCAGAGGAGGUCGGGGAGGACACCCUCCAGACGGCUGUAACAGAUCUGGUUUCCUCUUGUGAUCUCGAGACCAUAUCAUUGAGGGAGCUUAGGCGCCUGCUAGAAAAGAAGCUCCAACUACCCGAUCUCGCGCUUGAUAAGCAGAGGAAGGCUAUCAAGGACAUGGUUGGGGAAGCCAUCACGAAGGCCGAACAAGAGAGAGAUGAUAAAGUGAUGAAGGCUGAGGUCGCGGUCAAACGGGAGCGGAACGAGUCGCCACCGAAAGUUUCCACUAGAAAGCGAGUGAAGAAAAACGAAAAGUCUGAAGAUGAUGAAUCCUCCUCUUCACCGUCAAACACAUCCUCAGCUUCAAGCGAUGCUUCGUCUGAUGAUGCCGGAGAGGCAGCGGCACCCAAGCGCAAAUCGACUAGGAGUAGAACUCCACCUCCGAGUGGGUUAACUAAGCGCAGUUUUGAGCGGGCAGCCAAACCAUUGAAGCUCACUCUGGGGAAACAAAACAUUGAUAUACCAGCUCGAGUGUUUAAGACUGGAUCAUGCGGAUGGUGGGGUCGCACUAAUAUCAAAGUCCCUGUUGGCAAGCAUAAAGUUAUGGCUUCUUGUCAAUUCCAAAUAAUUGUGCAGAAGUCUAAAGAAUGGCCCGAGAAGUAGGCUCAUCACUAUUCGUAUAUUACGCUCGAGUGAGCUAUCAUAGUC